GUCCUGGAGCUAGGGAUGGAGGCUGUUUUCGGGCAAGUGGCCUGGUCGGCCUGUCCUCGGAGAGGCGGUGAAAGCAGAGACUGGAAGGCAGAGAGCCUUGCCGACCUGUGGCCGAAGAGCUCUCUGGGAGACAGCCACCGGUGGUGCAAAGGUCCUGGGGUCGGCCCAGCUGGGCCGCAGCUCCGGGAGGCGGCGCGAGAGAGCAGUGGGCCGGGCGGUGGCGGCCGGCGCCCGAGUCGGAGCCCGGCGAUUGCCUUACAAGACAUGCUGCUGCUGAAGAAACACACGGAGGACAUCAGCAGCGUCUAUGAGAUCCGCGAGAGGCUCGGCUCGGGUGCCUUCUCCGAGGUGGUGCUGGCCCAGGAGCGGGGCUCCGCACACCUCGUGGCCCUCAAGUGCAUCCCCAAGAAGGCCCUCCGGGGCAAGGAGGCCCUGGUGGAGAACGAGAUCGCAGUGCUCCGUAGGAUCAGCCACCCCAACAUUGUUGCUCUGGAGGAUGUCCACGAGAGCCCUUCCCACCUCUACCUGGCCAUGGAACUGGUGACGGGUGGCGAGCUGUUUGAUCGCAUCAUGGAGCGCGGCUCCUACACAGAGAAGGAUGCCAGCCAUCUGGUGGGUCAGGUCCUCGGCGCCGUCUCCUACCUGCACAGCCUGGGGAUCGUGCACCGGGACCUCAAGCCCGAAAACCUCCUGUAUGCCACACCCUUUGAGGACUCAAAGAUCAUGGUCUCUGACUUUGGACUCUCCAAAAUCCAGGCUGGCAACAUGCUAGGCACCGCCUGUGGGACCCCCGGAUAUGUGGCCCCAGAGCUCUUGGAGCAGAAGCCCUACGGGAAGGCCGUAGAUGUGUGGGCACUGGGCGUCAUCUCCUACAUCCUGCUGUGUGGGUAUCCCCCCUUCUACGACGAGAGCGACCCUGAACUCUUCAACCAGAUCCUGAGGGCCAGCUAUGAGUUUGACUCUCCUUUCUGGGAUGACAUCUCAGAAUCAGCCAAAGACUUCAUCCGGCACCUUCUGGAGCGAGACCCCCAGAAGAGGUUCACCUGCCAACAGGCCUUGCAGCAUCUUUGGAUCUCUGGGGACACAGCCUUCGACAGGGACAUCUUAGGCUCUGUCAGUGAGCAGAUCCAGAAGAACUUUGCUCGGAUGCACUGGAAGCGAGCCUUCAAUGCCACCUCAUUCCUGCGCCACAUCCGGAAGCUGGGGCAGAGCCCAGAGGCCGAGGGGGCCUCUGAGCAGGGCCUGGCCCGCCACAGCCACUCAGGCCUCCAUACUGGCCAGCCCCCCAAGUGGUGAUCCCCAGGCAGAUGCCAAGGCCAAGUGGACUGACCCCCAGAUUUCCUUCCCUUGGAUGCUUUUGGUCCCCUCCCCCAACCCUUCACCCCUGGGGCUGGCCUCUGCUGGAGUUUGAGAUUUGAGGGUGUGGCGCAUGGUGCUGGGGUUGGAAUGGAGCACCCUCAAGUCUGUCCCCAGGCUCUGCCCUGCCUGGGGGCAGUGGAUCCCCUCCCCUGUUGCCUCUCCCGCCCCUGCCCCCCACCCCACCAAAAGCCGAGGAGGUGCUGGCAGGCGGGCCUCAGGGGCUGUCUUUCCUGCAUGGCUGUUCUGUGCUUCGCUGAGUGUGGGUGGUCCUGCUUGUGCCAUGGUCAUGGCCUUCCAGCCCCCUCCAGUUUUCCCCAAACCAAUAAAGAAAGAUACAGCAA